AACUGGCAGUCGACCAUCCUCGUGGUGUCCCACGACAGGAACUUCCUGAAUGCGGUGGCCACGGACAUCAUCCACCUGCACUCGCAGCGGCUGGACACGUACCGAGGGGACUUUGAGAACUUCAUGAAGAUCAAGGAGGAGCGGCUGAAGAACCAGCAACGAGAGUACGAAGCCCAGCAGCAGUACCGUGAGCACAUCCAGGUUUUCAUCGACCGCUUUCGCUACAACGCCAACCGGGCGUCCCAAGUGCAGAGCAAGCUCAAGCUGUUGGAGAAGCUACCAGAUCUGAAACCUGUGGACAAGGAGUCUGAGGUGAUCAUGAAGUUCCCUGAUGGCUUUGAGAAGUUCUCCCCCCCCAUCCUGCAGCUAGACGAAGUAGACUUCUAUUACGACCCAAGUCACUACAUCUUCCGUUCCCUCUCCGUCUCUGCUGACCUGGAGUCCCGCAUCUGUGUGGUUGGAGAAAACGGAGCUGGCAAGUCAACCAUGCUAAAGAUCUUAAUGGGGGAGCUGACACCAGUCAGAGGGAUCAGACAUGCUCACAGAAACCUAAAGAUUGGUUAUUUCAGCCAGCACCAUGUGGAUCAACUGGACUUGAACAUCAGUGCUGUAGAGUUGCUGGCAAGAAAGUUUCCAGGAAAGACGGAGGAGGAGUACCGGCAUCAGCUGGGGAGCUACGGCAUCUCAGGGGAGCUGGCUGUGCGUCCUGUGGCCAGCCUGUCUGGAGGUCAGAAGAGUCGCGUGGCCUUUGCCCAGAUGACUAUGUCCUGUCCAAACUUCUACAUCCUGGAUGAGCCGACAAAUCACCUGGAUAUGGAGACUAUCGAGGCACUUGCAAAGGCACUGAAUAGGUUCCGGGGCGGUGUAAUUCUGGUGUCCCACAACGAGCGCUUCAUCCGCCUGGUGUGCCAGGAGCUGUGGGUGUGUGAGAACACUACUGUGACCCGCAUCGAGGGCGGCUUCGACCAGUACAGAGAAGUCCUGAAGGAGCAGUUCCGGAAGGAGGGUUUCCUAUAA